AUGUCGGGCAUAGCAAGUGCACGCUUGGCCGAAGAAAGAAAAGCUUGGCGCAAGGAUCAUCCCUUUGGAUUUGUCGCAAGACCUAUGAAAAAUCCAGAUGGAUCCUUAAAUCUCAUGACAUGGGAAUGUGCCAUACCCGGAAAAAAAGGGACACCAUGGGAAGGAGGUUUAUAUAAAUUGCGGAUGAUUUUCAAAGAUGAUUAUCCAUCUAGUCCUCCCAAAUGCAAAUUUGAACCUCCACUUUUCCAUCCAAACGUAUAUCCUUCUGGAACAGUUUGUCUAUCACUGCUUGAUGAAGAAAAGGAUUGGCGCCCUGCAAUCACGAUCAAACAAAUACUACUUGGAAUUCAGGAUCUGUUAAAUGAACCUAAUGUCAAAGAUCCAGCACAAGCAGAAGCAUAUACAAUUUAUUGUCAAAACCGAUUAGAAUAUGACAAGCGUGUGCGAGCACAGGCCCGUGCUAUGGCAGCAACAGAA